AUGUGCGGCAUCCCCCGACCAAGCUCUGGCCACAGAAUCGCCAUCAUGUUCCCCUCACCGUCUCCCUCGCCAUCAUCCUCACUAUCAUCAUCACCAUCCUCAUCUCCAUCCUCCUCCCCAGAACCACAACACCUCCCGGCACAGGAAUCAUACUCCCUCUCCUUCCGCGAAUCAGACCUCCACACGAAAGCCGUCUUCCGGAGUAAAGACGUCUCGACGAUGGAUUCCUUCCGUGCUUGUAAUGAUAUUGAUCUCCGGAUUGAACGCCAUGGUGAUUUAACGGUUUCACAACCGGGUCUGGCUAUAGGCCAGAUUGCGCCUCUUUACGCGUUUCAAUUGCGUCCUUCUGAGACGAAGAAACCUGAGGUGUCUGGAGUAUCUGAGAUGGAGUUCAGUCUCCCGCAGAAACUCGACCUCGGAGUCUCGGAGCUGGGGAUCGUCGGGAGGAAGGUCACGGUUGUAGCGAGGGGAGAGGGCGGGGAGGUGCUUCAGACGGGGAAUGGGAUUGUUGGGUAUGAUUAG